AUGUCUCUCACAAAAGUCAAACACAUUGUGCUGAUCCUGUCCGGCAAGGGCGGCGUCGGCAAGUCAUCGGUCACGACCCAGCUGGCCCUGUCUCUCUCGCUUGCAGGCCAUUCUGUCGGCGUUCUCGAUGUCGACCUCACCGGCCCGUCCAUCCCGCGCAUGUUUGCCAUUGAAGACGAGAAAGUCACGCAGGCGCCCGGCGGCUGGCUGCCCGUCACGGUCCACGAGGCCGACCCGGAAAAGGGCAUCGGCUCACUGCGCGUCAUCAGCCUGGGCUUCUUGCUGCCCAAGCGCGGCGAUGCGGUCGUGUGGCGCGGGCCCAAGAAGACGGCCAUGGUCCGCCAGUUUCUGAGCGACGUCUUCUGGGGCGAGACCGACUACCUCCUAAUCGACACGCCACCGGGAACGAGCGACGAGCACAUUUCGCUGGCCGAGACCCUGCUGCAAAGCACAACACCCGAGCAGAUGGCCGGCGCCGUGGUUGUCACAACGCCGCAAGCAGUAGCUACGGCGGACGUGCGCAAGGAGCUCAACUUCUGCGCAAAGACGAGCAUCCGCGUGCUGGGCGUCGUCGAGAACAUGGCCGGCUUUGUGUGCCCCAACUGCUCCGAGUGCACGGACGUGUUUAUGCGCGGCGGCGGCAAGGCCAUGGCCGCCGACUUCAACGUUCCGUAUCUGGGCAGCGUGCCGCUGGACCCCCAGUUUGUCGUGCUGGUUGAGUCGGGACGCACACCCGUCUACCCGGCCGGGACACAGGUGCAUGGCGCGGCCUUUGUGCCGCCAGAAGCCACCGAGAGCAGCAACGGCGUCGGACGGCGGCGCGAUCUGCUGGUGCAAAAGUAUCGCGCCUGUUCUCUCGAGCCCGUUUUCCGUGGCAUCACAGCAGAGGUGACGAAGGCGGCGACGGGUCAACGAACAUAA